AUGGUUGACGGAACAGGACUCAAGAAAGUCGCCAUCGUGACAGGAUGCGCAAGUGGAAUUGGACUCGAGACAACGAGGUUGUUUCUGAGUCGUCAGUAUAUGGUAUUCGGAGUGGAUAUCAGUAAAAUGGAUUAUUCAAAAUUAGAAAACGAAAACCAAGCCAUGUUCCAUUUUCACCAAGGAGAUUUGAGGAAAGAUGGAGAGUGCGAUGAGGUUGUGAGAAUCUGUGUUGCUAAACUUGGUGACAAAAUCGAUGUCCUGGCGAAUAUAGCUGGUGUAAUAGAUGCUCUUGCAUCAGCGGACAAUGUCACGGACGAUGAAUGGGAUCGUAUCAUUGCAGUCAACCUCACUGUUCCCACGAAACUGAUUAGGGCUGUUCUACCAUUCAUGAGAGCGAAGAAGAACGGUGUCAUUAUCAAUUUGGCUAGUAAAGCUGCAUUGAGUGGUGCUGUGGCAGGGGUUGCUUAUACAGCAUCUAAACAUGGAUUGCUGGGAGUUACCAAGAACACUGCAUUUAGAUUUAGGGAUGAAGGCAUUAGAUGCAACGCUGUUUGCCCAGGAGGUGUAAUGACUAACAUCAUCAACUCGACGAAUCGAGAUUCCCUUGAUCAAGAAUCGAAUGCUACGUGGGCACCGGUUCUCGCUUUGCACAUGAAGCCCGGUGAACCACAUAUCACUGUUUCAGCGGUGGCUGAGGCGGUCGUGUUUCUUGCAAGCGAUGCAGCGAAGUCUAUCAAUGGCGUCGCACUGCCUGUUGAUAAUGCCUGGAGUACGAUCUGA